AUGGAUUUCAACCCGCGCAUGAGCAUGGCGCGCGGCUCCACCAUGAACAACCAUCGCGGCCGCCAACAAGAGGAAGACUCCUUCAUGACUUUGCCUGACCGUGAAAUCGCGUCAUGCAUCAGCGACAUUGGCAUCAACUUCAGCAUUGCCGACCUCCAGAAGCCCAACCCCCAGCAGAUCCAGAAGGUCUUCGAAUGGUUCGCAGAGCUGCUCAUGAACACGACCCGCGAGGUCGUCGCGCCGGCAAUGAAGGCCGCCGCAGACGACAUGGCGGGCGAGGAUCUCGCUGACCGGAUAUUCACCCCGGACACUCGCGACCUGAUGGGCUUCUUUGUCAUUAUGAGAAAGCUGUUGAUGGAAUGCGGCAUCCAUGACUUCACGUUCCAAGACCUGUACAAGCCAACGCGCGAACGCCUGGUCAAAAUCUUCUCCUACAUCAUCAACUUCAUUCGCUUCCGCGAGUCGCAAACAACCGUCAUUGACGAGCAUUUCAACAAGUCGGAACGCACGAAGCUCCGCAUCGAGCAACUUUACAAUGAAAACCAGGAUAAGGAGAACCAUCUGCAGGAGCUAGAAAGGAGCCGUAAAACAACGGAGACGCAGAUGGCUGCCAAGGAAAAGAGGCAAAAGGAGCUCAAGCAACGCCUGCUUGACCUGAAGAUGGGCCAAGAGAAGGUUGUCGAGAGACUUGAGAUGGUCAAGGAAGAGCAGCGGCGGCUGAAGGAACUUUUGGAAAACAAGACGGAGCAGACGAUGAACGUGCGCCAAGAUGCUGCCAAGCUGCGGCCGUACACGACUCAGAGCCCAGCCGUGCUAGAAGCAUCGCUCAAGGACCUCAAUACGAACUUGGCUGCCGACAGGGCUGCGAUCGACGCGCUUGAUCGUCGUGGUCGCGCCCUGCAGACCUCCACAGAGACUUUCACGGCCGUCGCGAAAGAUGUCGACGACUGCACGCGCCUCUUAGGAGACCUGGCGCAGGACAUCAAACAAGAGCAGGAAGAGCUGGCCAAAGCCGACCGACACAGGCAGGCGCUCAGCGAACGUUCAAACAACGUUCGGGAUGUUGAGCGUCAAGAGAAGCUGCUCACGAAGCAGCUGGCCAAUGUUAACGCGCGCACCGAGAAGCUGCGCAAGAAUGCGGACGAUAAGGCGGAAGCUGCCCGUGUGCGCAUGGAGGAGCUGAAGGCGGUGCACAAGAAGCUAGCCGAGGAGCGCGGAGAAAAGAGUCGCGAGAUGGAGAGGAGAAGGGUCAGAAUCGAACAGACGGAAAAGAAGAUGACCGAUCUCAAGGAGAACAUUGAGAACGAGGUAAACAUCACUCGAGAGCAGUACAUGCAACUGGAGUCGCACAUUAAGCUUUACAUCACCGAGAUGGACCAAAGCAUCAGCUGUUGA